AAAAUGCGUACAAUGUCUCAUUGUGAAGAAGUGGCAUCAUCUGGUUUUCACCAAUUAAGCAUUACAAUUGAAGGUGCUAUAUUAAGAAGUUCCACAUUUUUAAAGCCUAAUCCUUAUAUAGAAUUUUCUGUUGAUGAUAAAAGUCCUCGGAAGACAGAAGUUUCAAAAUCUACAUAUCAGCCAAAAUGGAAUGAGGAAUUCACAAUACUUGUGACUCCAUAUUCUCAAUUACAUUUUCGAUUAUUAGACCACAGUACAUUUCGAAAAGAUACUUUAAUAGGAGAGAAAAAAAUAAGUCUUUCUCAAGUAUUAUCUCAUUAUAGUGGAAAAUUAGAAAACAUGGAAGUAACCUUUGAUUUAAUGAGUGAAAACAAACAUGAUUCUCAAUUAUGUAAGGUUGGAGAAUUGAUUACAGUGUUCGAUGGAUUAAGAAUUAAUAUGCCAAACACAUCAUCAUUAGAUACUAGUGAAACAUUAUUGUAUCCAACACAACCUGGUGGUUUUCAUGUUUCAGGUGUUUCAAAUAAUGAUGCAGUUAGUAAUAGUAGCAUUCUGAAUGGAGGGAUUCGUGCUCGUAUGAGAUUACAUGGAGCUAAACAUGCUGCAUCAUCUACUUUACAUGGAUUAACAAAUGUAUAUAAAAAUUCUCCAUACAACAGUGGAAGUGAUCAGGCCAAUGUUAAUAAAAAUAAUGAACAAAUUGAACCUGUAGCAUCAAAUUCUUUAUCAAAUGGACAUGCAAUAUCACCAGCAGACAAAUCUAUUGUUUCCUUAUCAGGACGUUAUACAGUAUCUUUACCGGAGGGACGUCAAAUGUCUCGAAUAGACCAUGCCUCAACACCUGGUAUGGUAGAUGCAAGAGUUGGUGCAUGUGCAAAACAAUUUCAGAAGGUUUCUGUCUCAGAAAGGCGUAAUGCUUCUCAGAUUGAACAAGCAACAGUAUUGCCUGGAACAGUUGGAAUAUCUAGAUCAGACCAAUUAACUACAGCUAAUACAGAUAUAUGUUCACAUAAUAGAACAGAACAGUCUAUUAAUAGUGAAUGUAACUCUCGAACAGAACAAUUAUUAGCUACACCUCUUUCAGAUAGUUCUGGAACUAUGAGAACAGAUCAAGUUGCUACUCCUUUAGUAGAUGGAUGUAUAGUUUCUAGGGUAGAUCAACUUAGAAGUUCUGUUUUAACUGAUAACCAGGGAAAUUCUCAAAUAGAACAAUCUGUAGUAUUUACUUUACCAGAUGGUUCUCAUGUAGAACAACCUACAGUGUUUCUUAUGACAGAUAGUCGUGCAAUGGCACAUUCAGACCAACCUUCAAUGUUAUCCAUUGCUGAAGCACGUAGAAUUCCUCGGAAUGAACAGUCUACAAAUUCUAUAACGAACACUCGUUCAAAUACUCGAGUCGUACAACGAGUAUCCUCACUGACAGGACAAACUGCUGUGAUACCUGGUCAGUCGGCUCAAUCGGGGUCUUCGAUAAUACUUGCUGAAGUCGAUCCUACAAAUCAUUCUGAAGAACCAUUACCUCUUGGUUGGGAAAUGAGAUACGACAUUUAUGGGAGAAGAUAUUAUGUUGACCAUAAUACACGAAGUACUUCUUGGGAACGACCUCAACCUUUACCACUAGGAUGGGAAGUUCGUCGAGAUCCAAGAGGCAGAAUUUAUUAUGUAGAUCAUAAUACAAGAAGUACAACAUGGCAGAGACCAAAUACAGAAAGAUUACAACAUUUUCAACAUUGGCAAGGUGAAAGGCAACAUGUGGUACAGCAAGGGAGCCAACGGUUUCUUUAUCCUCAAGCACAUGGAGGUCAAGCAGCUAUGGCAGGGCCCUCAACAUCCACUGUUGUUGAUGAUGAUGAUGCUCUGGGACCAUUACCUGCUGGAUGGGAGAGACGUAAACAACCAGAGGGAAGAGUUUAUUAUGUAAAUCAUAAAAAUCGUACUACUCAAUGGGAAGAUCCAAGAACUCAAGGACAAGAAACUGGAAUUGAUGAACCACCAUUACCAGAUGGUUGGGAAAUACGAUUAACUGAAGAUGGAGUUCGAUAUUUUGUAGAUCAUAAUACAAGAACAACUACAUUUCAAGAUCCAAGACCUGGCGCACCUAAAGGUCCGAAAGGUAUUUAUCGUGUUCCAAGAGCAUAUGAAAGAUCAUUUCGAUGGAAAUUGUCACAAUUUCGUUUCUUAUGUCAAACCAACGCAGUGCCAAAUCAUAUAAAAAUUAGCGUUAAUCGACAAACAUUGUUUGAAGAUUCUUAUCAUCAAAUAAUGAAUGCUGAAGCUUUUGCAUUAAGACGCAGAUUAUAUAUAAUAUUUAAAGGAGAAGAAGGAUUAGACUAUGGAGGUGUAUCAAGAGAAUGGUUUUUCUUAUUAAGUCAUGAAGUAUUAAAUCCAAUGUACUGUUUAUUUGAAUAUGCUAAUAAAAAUAACUAUAGCUUACAAAUCAAUCCAGCAUCUUAUGUCAAUCCAGAUCAUUUACAGUAUUUUAAAUUUAUUGGAAGAUUUAUCGCAAUGGCUCUUUAUCAUGGACGAUUUAUCUACAGUGGAUUCACUAUGCCAUUUUACAAACGUAUGUUGAACAAGAAAUUAGUUAUGAAAGAUAUAGAGUCAAUUGAUCCAGAAUUCUAUAAAUCUCUUGUAUGGAUAAAAGAAAAUAAUAUUGACGAAUGUGGUCUAGAAUUGUAUUAUAGUGUUGACUUUGAAAUUCUUGGUCAAGUAAUACAUCACGAAUUGAAAGAAGGUGGUGAUAAAAUUAGGGUUAUUGAAGAUAACAAAGAAGAAUAUAUUAGGUUAAUGACAGAAUGGAGAAUGACGAGAGGUAUAGAGGACCAAACAAAAGCUUUCUUGGAAGGUUUUAAUUCCGUUGUACCAUUAGAAUGGUUAAAAUACUUUGAUGAACGUGAAUUAGAAUUAAUGCUUUGUGGUAUGCAAGAAAUAGAUGUAGAAGACUGGCAACGUAAUACAACUUAUAGACAUUAUACACGAAAUAGUAAACAAAUAUUAUGGUUUUGGCAGGUUCGUUAUUAUAUGUGAAUAUUAUUUUUAAGAAAUUAUUGUAAUUUAUAUUUAAAUUUAUAUUCGUUUCUUUUUUUAGGGAGUAAUGGCCCUCAAAGAUUUUGCAUAGAGAAAGUAGGAAAAGAUACCUGGUUACCUAGAUCGCAUACAUGCUUCAAUAGAUUGGAUUUACCACCAUAUAAAAGUUACGAUCAACUAGUAGAAAAGUUAAAUUAUGCAAUUGAAGAAACAGAAGGUUUUGGUCAAGAAUAGUUAUAAAUAUAUGUAGGAUUUUAUUAACAAAAAAAUAAUAAGAUAAUUACAGGGAUGGUAAUAUACUAAACAGGUCGAAGAAGUACAAAGAAAAUAUCUGCGCUUUUGGACUCGGGAGGAGAGCACGUGCUUGUCUCUCUGGCGUCAAUUUGUGACUGCCUUGUUGCUUACUGCUUGCACGCUCGUCUUUUGUUAACGCAUCUAUCGAAGGAUAUCGGCACGCGUCCUACCGAUUCCUACACUCGACCAUUUCUGCGCUUACUUCGUUCUCGAAGUAUUAUCCGAAUAUGAUUUCAUAUAAUCCGCGGCCGUGGUUGUGAUUUUUGUAGUUCAUUCCAGCUAUUGUUGCGAGUUUCCCUCCUGUUUGGUUAUGGGCCUGUCUUAAUAUGGUGUAGACAGUAAACAAUACAUUGUGUAUUUGAUCUCCUAGAUUGAUAUUUAAGGUGCCUGCAGAUAGGUUAAAUUGGUCUAGUAUUUUUUGUUUACAUGAGUGGGCUAUGAACAAAAUUAUUUUGGCUUUUUUUGUUGCAAUUUCUUGUGACACUUGAUGUUUUGUGGCAUCUAUUAUAUCCUUUUUGUAUUGUUGACGUCCACUAGCCUUCUUUUUGGACCUUCCGAUCCUGCUGGGAUUUCUUCCACUCGUACAGCUGGUGAUCUACCUCCAUUUUAUUAUUCCUUUUUAUAUUAGUGUUCUUUUCCUUAGACAAUUCUUUUAUAGGGUCUGUUGAUACUUCUGCAUUUUUCUACCGGUAAUGUCAUCACCCGAAAAGUAUGUUAGGCUUUUGUCGAUAUCUUUUAUUGUAAAUUUCGUGACUUGAGUCGCACUGUUUUGUUUUCUUUGUCGCUCGACCGUUCUGCUUUCCACAGUCGCUCGACGCAUUACUAUCGCUAUUCUCGCCUAACUCAUCAUCUUCCUAUGCCCCUUUCUCACCUCAUCCCAUUCCCGUAUUUGUUUGCAAUUAUUCUAACUACAUCUUUCUGAGCUCUUCUUUCUUACCUUUAGGUUUCAAAUGUAAUCUUGAUAACACUUGCCUUAACUUACCCAUUUUCAUUCUACUUAUUACUUUCGUACGUGCAUGUCGAGGCUCUGUUGCACUCAUCGCGUUAGGACCCUCUUCAUCGAUUUCUUUAUCGCACGUGUUAAUACCACCUUUAGAACACAUCGUGACGAACUUCCGAAGAAAUACUUAUGACGUACUUACUACUUUGCGAUUAACCUUGUCUGCGAUUUGAAUUUCGACUUUUAAAAAAACUAGUUCUCUGAUUUUAUUUUAUUUACGCAAUCACUUAAUCGAUCUUUGCUUCCUUCGAUCACAGCUGAGCCCCCAAAUUCUUCUCCUGUAGAGUUUUAUUAACAAAAAGAAAAAUAAUAAUAAGAUAAUUACAGGGAUGGUAAAAUACUAAAUAAGUCCAAGAAAUACAAAGAAAAUAUCUGCGUUUUUUUGGAUUCAGGAGGAGAGCACGUGCUUAUCUCUCUGGUGUCCAUCUGUGACUGCCUUGUUGCUUACUGCUCGCA